GAGCAAGAAACAUCACACCCCCAACCCAGUUUCAGAUUCAAGAUUUGAGAUUUGAGAUUUGAGAUUUGAGAUUCAAGAUUUGCAUUUUUCAUCUGAUGAUGGAGGAUGACACUGGAGAUGGCAGCAUGCUUUGCACAGAUCAUCCUUUCAAGAACAACACUCCUGCUGGUGGUAUCUGUGCCUUUUGUCUUCAAGAAAAACUAGGCAAGUUGGUUUCUUCUUCUUUUCCAAUAGCUGUUUUCCCAGCUUCUUCUUCUUCCUCUUCUCCUUCUUUCAGAUCUGCAGAAACCACCACAAACCCUACUUCCUUAUUGCCUUCAAAUACCACAAACCCAACAACCACCACCACCACCACCACAACAACAGCAAAUAAUAACGAUCACUAUCACUAUUAUUCUAAUCGCUCUCGGAUACUUUACUUGCUUACUAGUCAAAAGAAGAAGAAAAGCAAAGAUCUCAACAUCAUCGUCGAUGCCCAUGCCAAUGCCAACAAGAAUCAUCUAGUUUUCAAGAGAAGCAAGUCGACGGCCACCCCUAGGGCUCGUUUCAUGGAGAAUGACAGUGACACCCCCAAUAAACGUGGGUUUUGGUCUUUUCUCUACUUAGCCAAACACUCCAAGACCAUUUCCUCCAGUGGUGCUGCUCGACUCCAAACAUGUCCACAAGACAAAGAUAUGAUGGUGGUGGAAGAGAAGGAGUGUGAGGCAUCCUUUGACAGGAAGGUGUCGAGAUCCAGAUCCGUGGGGUGCGGCAGCAGGAGCUUUUCCGGCGACUUGUUCGAGAGAAUCUCAACGGGGUUCGGUGACUGCACGCUCCGGCGAGUGGAGUCGCAACGAGAAGGGAAGUCGAAAGUGUCGGGCAACGAUUGCAUCAAGGAAAGGGUGAGGUGUGGGGGUUUAUUUAGUGGGUUCAUGAUCACGUCGUCGUCUUCAUCGUCGUCGUCGUCGUCUUACUGGGUGGGUUCAAAUCCAAACGAAGGGAAUGGAAAAGGGGGAGGGGUGCAGCAUUCUCGAAGCAAGAGCUGGGGAUGGGCGUUAGCAAGUCCAAUGAGAGCAUUCAGCAAACCAUCGAGCAACAGUAAGAGAGAGAAGCAGAAUCCAAGUCCAAAUUUGGGUGCAAUCCCUUCGUUGUUGUCCGUGAGAAGCUGAAAGAAAGAUUGUAUGGUUAAUUAUCUUUGAUUUGAUUAAAUUAUGUUAAUGAAACAAGAAGAAGAGAAAUCAAGGUAAUUAAAUAAAUGUUGAAA